AUGAGCGGCCAAAACGGUUAUGGUAACGGGUAUGGCUACUCCGGCCCGGGCCGGUACGAUGGCAACGAUGGGGGAUACGGUGGAAACAGCAACCCUGGGGUAAACGGAUACGGUGGAUUAGGUGUCGCACCACCAGGCGGAGGUGCACGUUCAGAUCGUCGCCCCGGCGGAUAUGGUGGUUUCUACGCCGACUCGCCUCAGCCUCCAGAUCUAUCUCCAGGCCAAUCUCCCCCGCCAAGCCAGUCGCCCGAGCGGCGGCGCGAUCGAACGAACCGGGACUGGCAGCAACCCUCUCCGCAACCGUCGUCGAACCCCUCUCCGCAUCCCCCAUCGCAUCCCUCGUCGGACCCGUCCUCACAAGCCUCUUCGCAUCCCUCUUCACGGUCGCGCACAAGGAACCAAGAACCCGAUAGGAAGAACCAGGAAGAACGGUCUAGGGAUGCAAAUCGGUACGCGGACCACAGGGACCAAAGAGAUCAACGGGACCCGAGAGGCCAAAGGGAGGAGAGAGGCCAAAGGGACCAUAGGAGCCAGAGGAAUGCCUCGCCUGUAGCUAUGAGGAGCAAUAGCUCGGGGGAGGCACAGGCUAUUGAAACGAUUCUCCAGUCUAUCCAGCGCGACUGGGACUUCAUGACCGAUACUGAGUGCGUACCAGUACACGUUGCUUUGAGUUUGAUGGACACAAGUACGUUGGGCAAAGCAGAUCGCGAGCCGGAAUUUUUGCACAUGUACAAUGACAUCCAGAAGACAUUGAAGGCAAUUGUCAAUGAACACCAUCAGGGAUUCAACAGUUCUAUUGGAACGUACCACAAAAUCCAAUCCAAUAUAUCUUCCUCGCAGACUCGAGUGCGCAGCCUGAGAAAUGCCCUGGAUCAAGCCAAAUCCGGGUUAAUAUCGACCAAGCCCGAGUUGAAAGGCCUGGCAACGUCGUCUCAGAACUACGAUGAUAUCGUACAGCUGUUCACUCAGAUUGAGGAAAUCCAAUCCCUUCCCGAGAAAUUGGAAUCUCAGAUCUCAGACAAGCGCUUCCUUGCAGCUGUGGAUGUGCUUCACACUGGUCUCCGAGUUCUACGGCGCUCGGAGCUGGAAGACAUCGGUGCUUUAUCCGAUAUUCGCGCUUAUUUCAUAAACCAGGAAACGUCGCUCACAGACAUCCUAAUCGAGGAGUUGCACGACCAUUUAUACCUUAAAUCACCAUAUUGCUCAGACCGGUGGAAACCACCGACAUCUGAUGAAAAGGAGGUGCAUACAUCUGAUUGGUCCGGUAGUCGCUCUUGGGAACGGCCUGUGUAUAAUUUCCUGGCCAAGUUCGAUCCGUUGACGCCUAUGGUCGAAGACGCCUCUCGGAACCCGGAGGCUGACACGUUUUCCUAUAUUCAGUUAUUGAUCGAAGCACUGAACAAGAUGGGUCAUCUUGACAUCGCGGUUCAUAGAAUUGAGCAGCGUCUUCCGGUAGAACUGUUUGCUGUGGUGGAUAAGACAAACGCAGAGGUUGAUACUCGCUAUCCUGCCCCAACCAAGAGCUUCUCGGCCCAGGAUAACUACAAACAGUCCAGUCUCCCCACCGAGAUUAUUGAAAAACGGGGCCACGUCCUUUCUGAGUUCUUGUGGGCAUUGUAUGCCAAGUUCGAGGCAAUUGCGGAAGGCCACCGGAUUCUUCACGAUGUUGUUGCGGCUAUUGUGGAACGAGAAGGUCUAAUUAAAAGCGAGACGCUUUCCGGUGGAUUCAAGGAGUUGUGGAAACUUCUACAAAGCGAGAUACGAUCUCUCAUGCAUGACUAUCUUGCAACCGAUGGCGACUCUUCUGUUCGAUCUAGAGCAGAGGAAACUGACACUCGACGUCACCUAUACACCGGCAACCGCGAUAAGAAUAAGAAAAUGUUCAAGUUGUCCGACAUUGAGCAAAACACUGAGAUGAAAGCUGAACAGGACGAACUGGAUGAAAUCCUCAAGUCCUCGGUUCCGGGACUUGUUUCCAAGUCAAGGCAAAAGACCGCAACAAAUAAUACUACACAAUCCCAUAAGGGCAACUCAGGGACCGGGCAUAAGAUUUUGCUUGAACCAAGUGUCUUCAAUAUGGGGAUCCUGCUUCCUCCCUCUUUAUCCUUCAUUCAACGGCUCAAGGAUAUUGUUCCUGUUGAUUCGGAUAUUCCGAUGGGCACUUUGACCUCCUUUUUGGAUGACUUCAUGGUCAAUGUCUUCCUGCCUCAGUUGGAUGAAACAGUGACGGAUCUCUGCACCCUCAGCUUCAUUUCCGCAGAUGCGUUUACAGAAGACCCCCAAUGGGCUAAGUCCUCUCCUCGGCCUAUUUUCAGAGGAACGGUAAAAUUCAUGUCCAUUGUUCGGGAAUUUAGCAAAAUGCUGUCGAGUAUUCCCCACGAUCAAGCAUUUACGCAGCUUCUUAUUGACCAGAUCGUGACCUAUUAUGACAAGUGCUGUGGGUGGUACAAAGCAAUGGUCACGAAAGUCUCUGCGCGGAACCGCGGAGGCGAAGUCCAACUGAAAGCUGCGGCUUCGUUUGCUGAUUCAGGCGACAUCUAUGAUGUCGUCGAUGAACUGUGGAAAGGUGCCGGGGACAAGAAACAGACACUGAUCGACACAGAAAUCGACCUUCUUCUCAAGCGAACAAGGGAAGUGCCUUUGGAGCCUUACGACAUCAUAUCUGAUCCGAAAACUGUCAUUUCACUUUCACUCCUGUACAACAGUAUGGAAUGGCUUGCCAGUCACCUCGCGAAAAUUCGACUUGUGGUUGAACAUAACGCGGAUGCCGAGUCAUCCAGUUUGACGGCAACUGGCCGGCCAUCUCGUAGAUGGACUUUGUUCGGGUCUAUGAAGCCUAAUCGCGAUAGCAUCAAUCACCCGGUGCAUCUACCACUCAACCACGAGACUGCUGUCGCCUUCGAUGGGACCCUUGAAUCAUUACAUCGGCUUGGGGCUACUUCAAUUCUGACGAUGCAUAUUGACAUCCGCUGUGGCAUCAUCCACAUGUUGACUAAAACAAUGUCCGGGCCAAAUCCUCCUAACUUGCGGAACUCUGAGCCCGUCACUCCAUCCCCAAACACAACGGACAACUGGUGGCAUAUUAUCAUGAAUCAGCCAACCGCUGCAUCGCCCACAAUUCUCGCACUUAACAAUGAUCUCAUCGCAUUCGACACUAACAUCUCGACGUAUCUGGGAUCUGUUGAGCGCUGGUUUAUCACAUCGGGCCUGGCACGGUUUAUCGACCGGGUAUUUGUUGCCUGCACCGAGUAUAUCGGGGCCAUGAAUGAGAAUGGAGCGCUACGACUACAGCUUGAUGUGCUUGUUCUCCAACAAAACUUGAAGAACAUUAUCAUCGAUCCAGUUGGUGAUUCGUCGGAUUCGGCCACAGAUUUACACACGCAGGCUGCUCAAGAAGUUGUCGCCCUACCGCGCAGCGCCAAGUUCCUAGACUGGUUCCUAGAAGGCGCUGAGAAGACCCUUGAGUACGCCAAGGAAGAGAAGGAGGCUUUUGCGUCCCUUGGCGACAAAGCCUUGGCUGCUGGUAACGGCGAGCCUUUUACCUACGAUGAGCUACGUGUUCUCGUAGAGCUAUGCUUCUCUGAAAUUCUGCGUGGUCCACGCGGGGCGGAGAGCCGAGAGGAAUUUAUGUCGGCGAAAAAGGCCAGUGCUGAUGCGCUACUGGGAUUGAACGAGAUUAUGUGGGAUGCUCGAUAG